AUGUUGGAUUCAAACAGUGGCCGUCCAAACCAAAAAACAAUUUGUACUUAUAGGCAAUUUGCAAUCUUGGAGAACGUGCUCAACCUGCUGACUGAGCGGAUGUCGGGCAUCCGUGAUUUUGUGCUCGAGGAAUUUGCGAAGAGGAAGAUGAAGGUUCACUGGGCGGCGGUCUCUGGACAAAAUGUCGGCAUCAACGUCUACCGUGGUCGAGUAUUCCUGGUGGCGACCAAGGGAGAUUUUCACUUUAAGGACGCAUCCUUGAAGAUGGCUGCUGCUUGGGAUCAGCAGUGUCAGAAGGCUUGGAACCCAUCGCAACGCCCUGCCCUCACAGAGUGGCUGACCACCGAGUCCAGUGAGCAGGAUGAAUCCCGUCUUCAUGCACUGGGCAACAUAGUGUUCCCAAGAUGUGCUGAGCUGGCAGUGUCCUUGAUCGAAGAGAAGCUUCGACGGGGCUAG